GCGGGAUCCGAGGGGAAUAAAACAACUCUCGCUCGCUAACAAUCCCUGAAUGGACGGUGCUUACGUAAAGUCCAAGGCAUUGAAGCCUUGUUUCGUGAUCAGUGUCAGUCUCAUUAUGCCAAGGGCCUGCUGUUGCCCCGGGUUGUGAGUCGGGUUACACCCCAGAAAAAAGUGUCAAUGACAACGGCGAGAGGGUUCGAUUCCAUUUGUUCCCCACCCACGAAGAACUGAGGGUCAAAUGGGAAAGAGCCAUUCCAAGAGACUCUUAGACAGCAUCCAAGUAUUCUUAUGUUUGUGGUGAACACUUUAAGCUCUCUGAUCAUGUGCAAGAUAGUCAAGAUAGCCACGAAAGGCGAUAGAAAAAGCGAGAAGACACCACACGUGCAAGAUCCUCAGACUGAAGUAUGUCCGUUACACAUCUUCCCUUUUUGGGUCAGCUGAUAUUUUGGUCCUUCGAGAAGAGAAUAAAACCUAACUUAACCUAACCUGACCUAACCUAACCUUUCGGUUGCAAGGGCUUGGGGGCGCCUAGGCCGCGGCGCAAGCCUGCGGCAGCUCGGUUGCAAGGCCCUCGAAAACAGCGGCAGAUUAGAGCUUACUUCUGCAAUGAAAAAAAAAAAGAUUCCACGCAUCGAGAUUCGAACUCACGACAGACAAAAGUUAUACUGGGGUCACGAACCUCAUGUGUUCACGACCACUGGGUUUUGAUACAGCAGAUGUCGGCAAUGUUUUUACUUAAAGCAGCUACAUGUCGAGAGAGUGGCAGCUGACCCAAAAAUGGAAGACAUGUAACGACCAUAAGACUGAAGCCAACAGCUGCUCCGUCCAAGUUCAAGAACCUACCAAUGUACCUUUCAACCUGCCCUCCGAAAUCACGAUCAGGUCUCUCAACGUCCUCGAAACGAAUUGAAACUCAAUUGGCUAGGCAUGAUGCCGAGGUUGCUUUCUUUUUUUCAUCGGAUCAGAUAUGUUCUCUUGAUGAGAUCACUAACAAAUGGAGGGAGUGCGAGAACCAAUACCCUGAUACUGCCAUGAUACACAGAUCUUCUGUCAUUCAUUUCAUUGAUCUCAUAGAGGAUGAGAGUGCUCCAUUGAAGUUGUUGUGGUCGGUUUCGGUGAAUGUUUUGUUGGAAGUAACCAUAUACGUUCAUGGUGUGACUAGUAGCUACCGAGAUGCGGUGGCUCUCAUUCCAAUGGCUAAGAUUGAUGCCCAAACUCUCAAGGACCUUUGGCUGAAGGUGUAUGAUGAUCUGACCGAGCUUGGGUUUCUCGUGGUAGCCACCGUUUGUGACGGUCAUGCGGCAAAUCGCAAAAUGUACCAACAUUUGGCCACUAAUGAAGAAAAAGAUAUGGUUACCAUCAACGGCCGAGGUGUCUUUUUGCUCUUUGAUCCUGUUCAUGGCCUGAACAACAUUUACACUAAUUUUCUGGACAAGAACUUAUUUACCUGUCCCAACUUUGGAACCAAAAUGGUCAAGGCCAACUUUGAACACAUUCAAGACCUGUUCUACAAGACGGAGCAUCAGAAGAUUGUCAAAAUUGCGCACAAGUUGACAGACCGAGUCCCGAAGUCAAUUCCCAUUGAGAGAUCAAAUGUGGAGCUCGCUUGCCGCCGUUUUGACGAGUCAACCACUAAUGCUCUCAGAUUCUAUGCAACUGAAUUAGAAGAUGAGGCGUUGCUGGCGAUUGCAAUUUUUUUGUCAUUAGUAAGGCAAUGAUUCUCUGUGUUGAAUGUGCGAGCUCCCUCCAUUGGAUUUCGCAAACGAGACCUCUUCAAAGUUUCAAUCGACUGCACGGACCAUGAAAAUCUCUUGUUCUUAGAAUAUUUCGCCCAAUGGUUAGAAUUGUGGAAUGAGGAAGCUCCCAAAUUAGAGUGCCUGAGCCUUCAGGCCCUGACUUGUCUAGUUCAGACUUCCAGAGCAAUGCCAAAGCUAGCAAGGCACUUGCUUGAGAUGGAGGGGUUCUCAUAUGUGCUCCUCGGACAAAUAACCUCUGAUCAAAUCGAGAGAUGUUUUGGUCGAUGGCGCUAGAUGGCCGGAGCCAAUUACUAUCUCUCAGUUCGGCAGCUUCUGGAAUCCGAGAAGAGGAUUAGAGUCAAAAACCUUCUUAAGUUUGAUGGUCUGACCCCGAAGGACUUAAAACAAACAUUCAAUGAGGAGCAAAGUGAAAAAUCUGCCACUAGAUCCUCAGAUAUUGCCACUCUCGUCACCGAAAUUGAGAAUCUUGAACAAGAUGAACCCAGACCACAUAUGAACCAAGGACAUGCCAAUGCCCUUUUCUAUGUCAGUGGAUAUUGUGCCAAUGGCCUAUCGAAGAAAGUGCAGUGCUUUGAAUGUUUUUCCUCACUGGUAAAGUCAAAGACCCCACCUGACAUCGAUGCUCUUGAUCAGGAAGACCUUGAAGAAACUGAGAGGGAAAACCAUGCCAUUCUAAUGGAGACUGUAAAUAGAGGUGGCUUGGUGACACCCUCAGACAAUGUUUUCGAGGUGUGCUUUCAGGCUUGGAUGAUGAUGUCAAAAAUUAAGGAGGUUCCAAGGAUGAAAGCGAUGAUCCUCUCAUUCAGUGCUCCAAAAGAUGUGUUUGUAGCAACUUUCUCAAUAUUCACGAGGACUUGGAUUGUUGUAAUAAGCUUCAAAGCCAAUGUGAAUGUCAAGCAACAAAGAAUUCAACUUUCUUAGAAAAACUACUCAUGAAGAUGUAUUAAAUCACGACAAAGAACAUGGUUGGGCAGAUUAACAACACUAUUCGUUAUUCAAGAAAGAGAACUAUCGUUAAUGCUGUAUCCUCAAAAAACAUGAGAAAAAUGUCCAACUUGUGUUCAAACUGAUAAGAAUCCUUAGAUGCUGUCCAAUAUGUCUCAAGAAAUAUAUUUGAGUAACUUCAACUAACCCCUUA